AUGAGCCCCCAAAUCGUUGAGCGACUGGGUGGGUUCUCCCGCUGUACAACGCUGCUUACCUUUGCAAUUCACUUUUUGCACUCCCUCUUCAGUGUUGUGAACUUCCUGUCGUGGGUGAACACGCCGGAGUCGCGACUCACGCACAACAUGAAGAUUGUGUACCUCUCAUUGACGAUUGUCUGCUGCCUCGCCUACUUCUUCGGUGCCUCCGUCGUCUAUAUGUGGGCGUGGCGCUUUCCAGAGCCAGAGGAAGUGGCAAAGCGGCGCCGCGUCUACGGUGUCAGUAUUAAUCUCCUCUUCUGUGAUUUACCCAUCUUCAUCAUCGAAACGAAGAUUGUGCGGCAGCUGAACUUCCCUGCCGCCAUAAUGGCCUUCACCUACGUCCUCACGUGCGUCUCCUUCUCCUACUCAGUGCUGCGGGUGUGGUUCUUUUUCAUGGUGCGAUUCAUCAAGUUCCGCUUUCCGACCACCUGGUCGAUCGGCUCCAGCUACCCUACUCAAGCUACCGUUGCGGUGCGGCGCGAGAUGGACGUGCGGAACUACACAGGCAGCGGUUGUGUUGCCGGGGACGAUGGCGGCAGCGUAACUCCACCACUCACCGCGGCAGGCCACACCAUUUUACUGAGCCGCAACUCUGGCUUCUACAGCGAUGACAGGGCAAGUACGACGGGGCUUUACCACACGCUCACCCCCGAUCGCGCCCGCAGCGAUAUUUACUAUAGCCCCCCCUCUAGCCACUAUCACACACCUUCCUCGGGUGACUUAAGCACCCCACGAGAGCAGAACCAGCGCAGGUAUCGCUGCGGUGUGGGGACCCGCCUCUACAGACCCCGAUCAGCUGCUCCGCCGCUUCGCAUCUAA